GCCACCAGUCAGUGAACAACCGGAGAGGAGCUAGCGUCAGACAUGGAGAACAUCCAGUCCAUGUAGACUCCUGCAUAGGUUUAUAGUCAACGUUGGUUUAUGGAAGACCACUGAAUACUAACGCGGAGCAUGUUUUAAACCGACCCUGUCUUUAAUAACGUUGAUUGAGUGGCGAAAAUCACAGCAUUGGGAAGUUAGUGGAAGAGAAACAGUUUAGCCCGCCGGGUCCGACAGCCAGUCAGCGUGUGGGAAUGGCUUCCCCCCGGCCGAUAAAAGGCAUCCUGAAAAACAAGAACAGCGAGACAAACGUCGAAUCCCUGCCUGAGGAAGUACCAGGAGACAGUCCUGAACAAGCCCCCGUACUCCAGGAUGAUGACCCGCAGAAGAAGUCUCAGAAAUGGGAUGAGAUGAACAUCCUGGCCACGUACCAUCCGGCUGACAAAGACUACGGUCUGAUGAAGAUAGAUGAACCCAGUACGCCUUACAACAGGAUGGUGGGGGAAGACGAUGAUGAAGGGGCGCUGAGUGACUCGGACGGCCACGGCGGACUCGCAGCGGAGGACCUGGCAUCCAAGCUGGAGGCAGCAGAGAGCUCAGAGUCUCGCUUCAUGAAGCAAGAAGAAGAAGUUGGGGAGGAAGAGGAGAGCAGCGAGGAGGAGGACGACGAGCUGAGUCCUGAAGAAGAAGCCAAAAAGACACAUUUUCAAAUGAUGAGAAAGAUGCACUACAAUGAGGGCCUGAACAUCAAGCUGGCCCGUCAGCUCAUCGCCAGCGAGCUGGAAGAGGACGCGAUUGCAGACGAAGAGAUGAGGGACGACACCGAAGAGGCGAGGGAGGACACGGGGGACACGGGGGAGACGGGGGAGACGGAGGAGAUCAGUGUCGACCCGCCACAGGAAGCUGAUUCUCUGGACUCGUAGAGGCGGCUUCAAUCCCAAAUUCAAGCCCCACGCAUGGGCUCUGGGUCCGAACAGACAAUGCCGCUGCGCUUUGUGUUCUUUUUACUGCCGGGCCGCACAGCAGACACCGCUUCACCACUCGUAUAACAAACCUCAAGAGCCAAUAACCUCCCGGUCUUCUUUCUGUCCCUACUAUUCCUUUGAGCCGUGCAAUAUAACCUUCAAAUAACCUGGUUUUUAAUCAGUGCAACUCAAAAGAGAAGAAUGUUGCCCCCCCCCCCCCCCCCCCCCCCCCCCACACUCCCUCUGCCAAGAAUUCCCCCCUCCUACCUCCUCUGGACUUCCAUCGAAACUGAGAGAUCUGGGAUUCUGACCCUGAAAGAAGGAUCAAGGUCUUGAUGAAAUAAAAUUUAAAAAAAACCACAAAAAACCUGCAAGAUACCAGGACAGCUUUCUGCCCUUAAGUCAGCCCCUGGAGGGAGCCGGGGGAAACCCCACGGCCUCCCAAAGGACAUACCUGAGACACGACGACAGCCAUUUUCACCGGAGGCUCUUUUAUUUUUGCUUUUGCUUUGGGACCCACCACUGCGUCGCAUUUCCUGUCCUCUCUCUCUGGUGUGAUGGCCAGUUGGGUUGUCACCUUAGUUUUACCCUGUGAUUCAAAUUGGUAUUACUCCUGUGAAGAUGAUUAAGGAGCUGUGUAUUGGUCUGGAAUAGCACAAGACAUGACCCCCACAUCAAGAAACCACAGUGCAUACAUGGUAUAUAGCAUGCUUGAUUACCACAUGUAUGCUGUAAGUAAAACAACAACAACACAGAUCAUUAUUAUUGAUAAACUCUCAAUUUGCUGUUUUACAUUUUCCCUUUGGAAGCAAGAACACCACAUCAAACCUCUAUUCAAAUUGUGGCAUUUAGACUAAAACACUCGUACCUCAUCAAACUAGACAGUUGGCCUUUUUUUAUUUUUCCUAAAUUUGAAUCCACAAAUACAUUUGGCAUGUGGGUUGUCUUGACUUUUUCCAGUAAAAACGCAGCAUCUAGAUAUGCAGAAGCACAAUUACAGGAAUAUCUGGCAAUAAACUUUUCAGAAUGUUCAUGAUGGUGCGAGUGACAGCUAGCAGUCAAAAUCCAGCGUUCUCACCCACUCAUUUGGUUCCUCCAGACUUCUUUGACGGGAGCUUCACCCAGACCGAAAUGUGCGUCAUUUAGUUUGAGGAUGGUAAAAUCCUCUAAUUUCUGUUUUUAAUUCCUCUCCUGGCUUCAUCCCGUUGUAUUUAGUGCGGUGGGAUCCACUGUAGUGUCGGGAGUACGACGCAGCUUGGGAAUGUCAAAGAAGGAAAAGCUUGAUGCUACUGACUGAAGUUAAACCAGGUGUCCGCAGUAGAGCUAACCCGCUAAAGUUCAUCGGGGCUUCUCACGGCACGAGUCUUAAACUGUUGAGAUUAUUACUUUUACAAUUACGGAGUUUACACACUGUAUGACUUUGCUCGACAGAGGCGGCCUGGGAGGAAAGUAUGUAGGAACCCGGAGUCUGUCAGUAUGGUUUUGUGUUCUGUGCAUUUUCUUUUGCGCCCUUUUUAAUUCCUCACUGUGAUGAGUGUUGAGCUCUUUAUUAUAAAGAUUCCAUAAGAUCAGAGAACAACGGAAUGACUUCUGGAAAUAAAUGUCCCUUUGCAGUACAUUUUUGUUCUCGUAGUUUAGUGUUUGGUAGUGGGUUUUAUUCUCUUAUUAUAAGAGGUUAAUACAACCUCCUUUCUGCCAUUUCCACCAAUCAACAAGCCCUCAUCCGAGCUCUCAUCAUAGAGAUACAGGAAUUUGUCUGGAUAUACAGAUUUUGACGACACUGUUGUCUUUAUCCUCACCGAAUUGGUGAGCAGAUAGAAAAGACAACUGCUGAGACCUUCGAGGGAUGUUCUCACAUAAGACGAAAGGGCAAACGUCCAAAACAUGACUGACGUGAUCGAACCUCAGAGGUGGUUAUUGACGGUCAAAACGUGCCUCUAAUGUAUUUAUGUACAUGUGUGUAAAAUGAACCGGCUAUGCUCCAUGUUAUUGUUUCACUUUGGCCUCACGUGUUCUCCGUCUCGCUUUUUGUUACUUCCACCACUUUUCUGUUUGGUUUGUGUGCUGAGAAUGACAGACUGUUGAGCACCGCGUGUGUGUCUCAAAAAUCCUGCAGGUGUUAAAUCUGCGCGUCUGUAUUUCCAGUUUGCAAGUCCUUAAUCAUUGGAUUGUGUGUAUUAAGUUUUUGUUUUUGUUUCAUUAAACAAAUGUUGUUAGGAA